AUGGGGGACUCAAAACAGGAAGAGUUGCAGUAUGCUGAUUCGCCUGGGCAAUUGACACCUGUUUCUGAGCCAGACUGGACGGCUCAAGAUGAAGUUCAUGCGAGGAGGAAAAUCGAUAGCUCAGUACUUCCGCUGUUGUACUUGGGAUUACUCGUUUUCCAGCUCGAUCGCAUGAACCUCGCAAGCGCUCUCACGGGAGGUUUUGCCAAAGACAUUGGAGUGGACCAAGACACCAUCAACCUUGGAAACCAGCUCAUGUUUCUGGGUAUCGUCAUUUUAGAGAUCCCAUCAAACAUGCUUCUUCAAAAAAUCGGCCCUCGCAAAUACAUCUCAACGCAGGUGAUGCUCUUCGGCCUCGUCGCAACCCUUCAGGUCUUCCUCCGCAACAGACAAGGCUUCCUCGCCUCGCGCAUGAUGCUCGGCCUCGCAGAAGCAGGCUACAUCCCCGGCGCAUGCUACACGCUCUCGACCUGGUACAGGAAACAAGAACUGGCAAAGCGCGUCGCCGUCUUCUUCUUCGGCAUGUUCAGUGGCAACGCGCUGAGCCCAGUCCUCGCAUCCGGCAUUCUCAAGCUCGAGGGUGCCCGCGGUCUAAGGGGCUGGCAAUGGUUAUUCCUCAUCGAGGGCGUAUUCACCAUCUUUGUCGGAUUGUCCCUCCUCUUCCUCCUCCCAGGAUCUCCCGACACGCCAGACCCGUUACUCAGCCCCGGCCUCAUCCGCUUCAAAGGCGCAGAAAGAGCCAUCCUGCAACGCCGCCUGGAACUCGACGACGAAGAGAAGAGAGGCGGCGCGCAGGGCAUGCGCAUCCCGCCGAAGCUCGUGCUCAAGACAAUCUUGCACUGGCAGCGCUGGCCUCACUUCCUCAGCAGCUUCGCCGUCUUUUCCACGUGGAGCCCGAACCUCGGCUUCAACCGUAUCCAAGCAAACGCACUUGCCGCCGUAGGCGCCUCCCUCGCGCUGGUCGUCGUCUUCACGGUCGCCUGGAUCAGCGACAAAACCAACAAGCGCGGUUAUUCCGUGAUAGGAGCGCACGUAUGCUACCUCGUCGUCCUCGUCGUUGCCCGCACCGCCCAUCCGCACGUUGGCAAGUGGUCUCGCUGGGGCCUGUGGACGGCCGUGAACAGCUUCGCCGUCGGCUACCAUCCCGUUCACAACUCGUGGGUCCAGUUGAACUGUCGAGAGCCGGGGGAGCGGAGCAUCAGCAUUGCCAUGUGGGUUAUGCUAUCCAUCAGCGGUUUGAUGGUAGGAACGCAGUAUUACAGAGCAAACGACACGCCAUUUUACCAAACAGGACUGAGAACCCAGAUAAUCAUGGUCUCGGUCGGCAUGGCAUUCGCCAUCUUGCAAGUCGUCAUCUACACUGUGCACAACCGUCGCGUAGCUCAAGGGAAGUACAAGGCGCCCGAGGGAGAAGUGCCUCGAAUCUAUGUUCCAUAA